AGUGUGACAUUUCUAAUUUUAGAGAAAAUAUGACAUUUAGAACGCGUUUCAGAAUACCAUUUAAUCAUCUAAAUCUAAGUUGAAUAACUUAGCAACGUCAAUUUUAAAUUUAGAGAUAGAGUGUCAUUACAGAAUACCAAAUUGAAUUUGACAAUUCUAUAUCUAAUUUUAGUUAGUUUUAGAUAUAAGUUGGCACGCCAGAAUUGGGCCCACUGUUGUCAAAUUUAAGUUUAGGUUUAGAGAAUCAUGUCUGAAUCGACACCAAUGUCUUAUUAAUUUAGUAAAAUAGCAAUUUGUAUAUAGCAGCUCAUAUAUUAUAACAAUUUCGACUCAGGAACUAUAAAAAUUCGUGACCUUUUGGUAUUGCUUCGGAUAAGCAGCUGGUUGUCAGUCGCUGUUUAUACAUUAUUUUAUUUUUUACACCAUGUUAUAAAAGGUUAUUAUUUGUGUAAAGCUGUUCGUAUGUUUUAACAAUUUCGAAUCGGGAACUGUAAAAAAUAUAAGACCUUUUGGUCGUUGAGUCGGAUAAACAAGGAUACACUAAUUUUAGGUUUAGAGAGUUCGUUCCAGAAUCGACACCAAAUUAUAGGUGUAGUAGAAUAGAUUAGCGUUAUGUAAUAUAUUUAGAUUAGUUUGUAAAAAUAAAUAUAAUACAGUUUUAAGCAUUUCUCUGCUGCAUGUAUAAAUCUAAAGACUAUUUUACUAAAAAAAUCCACGCGGUCCAGGCAUAACUACAUAGGUUAAAAACGGAACGCGGAUCCAUUAGUAAAAAGGCGGUAGCAAAAGCGAUGAGAUCUGGCAACACUGAUCCCGCGUCGGCCAGAGUGCACUCAGAUUCAGAUUCUGAAAACAAGCGCGAGAAAUAAACAGUGUAGUCUAAGCAGGUUGCCUGCUUUUUCUCGCGCUUGUUUUCUGAGUCUGAAUCUGAAUCUGAAUCAGGAGUGCACUCUGGCCGUACCCUUCGACUACACUGUUUAUUUCUCGCGCUUGUUUUCGGAAUCUGAAUCUGAAUCUGAGUGCACUCUGGCCGCACCCGUACCCUAUAUUUCGCUGCAGUUCACGCGACUAUUCGCGUCAAUGUGAACAUGUCCAUACAACUUAAUUGGCGCAAACGGCGCGAGCGAAUCGCGUCGCCUCAAUCUGUACUGUGCUUUAAACAUCAUAGGGUAGAUAGAUGCCUCUGCCGAAAAUAAAUUAGAACCUGGUACUUUUGGAGCAGCUUCAUGCCCUUCUUUCAUGCCCCAAAUAAAUAAGGGUGGUCCACCCCAAUUUUUUUUUACAAUUGUUUUUUUAUGAUUUGGCAGUAAAAAAUAAAUAUUAACUUCAUCAGCCUGAACCCAACUAGACUAGAGCCGUCUAAGUAGCCGCAGUGAACUUUAUUGAAAUUGAGAAAGAGAAAUAUACUUUUAAGUUUGUUUUUUAUCACAAACGUUAAGAUUUGCCUACCUACUUACUUCGUAACAAAGAGUCAUACAAACAAUAUAAUUAUCCUUCAUUGAUGUUUUUGUUCUAACUGAUGGUCUGAAUAAAUGUUACAAAAACUGAAUUAAUAAUUAAAUUGAUUAACACAUGAUCAUGCGUGAGCAUUCAUCACUAUACAAUGAGGGAAUUCUCAUUUACAGAGCGCAAUACCCUUUUGUUAUUUGUAAAACAAUAGUGUUGUAAGAACUAAGACCACAUGCUAAGACGAACUAUGAAGACUAUACUCAAGGUAAGUACAUAUUCUAAUUGCGAUGCAACUUAGUGUAUUAAGUUGUUCAUCUAGUAUACAAUUCAGUCUAUCCGUCUGUUAAGAUCAAGACACUCGCUGUCACGAAUGCCUGGAGUUAUUAAACAGAAUAAUAACUUAAUUAACAUUGCAUACUCAGGUCUCUAAUUCCUUGGAGCCUUGAAAAACUAACUUCUAAGUCAAAUGCAAUCAAAAGAUACAACUUUUGUUGUAAUGCGAUGCCACAUAUUUAGAGAAUCGCAGGGGAAUGAAACACGUUGACUUAUAAUAAUGAAAUUUUACACGAAACAAUGCCAUGUAGCACAGGCACUUAAAAAAUGGAAUAUUUGAAAUAAACAGAUAUUACUAGAAAAAAAAAACACUCAGGAUUUCAGGUGGGAAGGGUCCCGAGUGGAUUUUUUCGAGUAAUGUUUUCUUUAGAUUUAAAAAUUUAACAGUAAAUACAUUAUAAAAUUUGAAAUACUUAGUUACAGAACUGACGUGCGCACUUACGAACAAUAAAGUCAAAAUUAAGUUCACAAAAGUAAUUUCAUUCAGUGGAUCAUACUCGUACUGCAGACCACUUUAAUGUAAAACGUACCUGUUUGCGUGAUCUGCUUGUUUGUACGGAACCCCUAAAUUUAGAGAUCUACAAUAUUUUAAGAAACUAUCGGAGCAUAAUCCGACUCGCAUUUAAUAGUUUCUUUUGGUUCAGAGUUUAUCCUUUUCUCAUUUUAUCAUGAUAUAUGGCAGUCAUAUCAUAUGUUUACAAUAAAUAUGAAUAAAUAAUCUAUUUCAUAAUAGCUAAGCACUUAUGUAAAAUUGUUUUUUUCCGUAUCACUUGGGACUUCCAGUGGAAAUGGAACCAAUGUUUGGAGGUGUUACCUUUAUUUAUUGAUAAGAUUCAAAAUCCUACCGCUUCCAUGUUGGCAUGAUGAUCGGAUGAAGGUCGAUCAGUGUGUUGUUCAGGCCAGUAAAGCAGCGGUUAUAAUACAAGCGAUAACUGGGUUAAUGAUAAACUACGAAAUAUUCACUUAAUGCUAUCGUAAAUAAAAAUGUUAAUGGAAGCUAAACCAAGUUGUCUCAAUACAGACUGGAUUGGUCCCUUCUCUAUUCUGAUGGUAAAUCUAGCUCUAACAAUAAAAAUGUAGCCACUUAAAUUGAAUAAAUUAAGAAAAUAAAACCGGCCAAGUGCGAGUCGGACUCGCGCACCGAGAGGGUUCCGUACAAACCUGUAGAUAUAUUUUAAUAAUAAUUAAAAAAUAUUUUUUAUUAUAUGAUGUAACUAAAAAUUUACGGUUUUCGCAUUUUUUCCUUUAUCUGUACUAUAAGACGUUACUUCAUACCAAAUUUCAAGAUUCUCAGUUCACGGGGUUUGAUUCCCGUGCGAGUUUCGAAAAUUUGUGGAAAUUUGCGGCAUAAACGGCUGUAUCUUUUGAUUGCUUUGGCUUAGAUGUUUGAUUUUUUCACAGCUCCAAGGGACAGUAGACCUGACUAUCAAAUAUGAAUUUCAGUUUGAUACCUCCACGCGUUCCUGAGUAAAACGGUCUUGACAGACGGACGGACAGGAAGUGAUCCUAUAAGGGUUCCGUUUUUUCCUUUUGAGGUACGGAACCCUAAAAAUAACUAGGCAAAUUGUAUCAUAAGAACAUUAAAUAUAAUUCUGUUUAUUUAAUGGCAUUUAUUUAGAUAAUAAAUUAUUCAUGAAUAAAAUACGCUUUCUUAAUAUGCGAUUUCAUUAACUGUGGGUUUACAUUUAUUUAGGGUCAACUGUUGAAUUUUGUUGUUCAUAGUUCCAAAUAAGUAGCAAAAAUUAGAUACACAAUAAGAUGCAUUAAAAAAAAGAAAAUGGUUGCCUUUUUCAGUUCCAUAUCGCUACAUAAUUAACCACAGCCGAAGAUAAGCAAACUGUAAGGCUCCAUAUAAAUGUAAAGAAAGCUAAAUUAUAGCUCACUAUUAAGCGGAUCGCUUCACUAUAGUGUUAAACUAUAGUUUUUUUCAAAUAUACAGUGGCUCGUUUGUAAUGGAAUCUCUUAAUUCAAUCCUCUUUGUGUAUGUCGUGUUAAGUAUAUUCGUAAGUUGCUGUAGAGGAUGGGUGUUCACAGACAUAGACUAUGAUGAUGUGCUACGGUCAAUGGCCCUCGACUACGAUGAAAAUGACUUGGAAAACGCUGUUGAUGAUAUGAUGAAUGCGAAAUUUAGUCUCAUAUAUCCGGGUACGAAGUGGUGCGGUCCUGGCAACGUGGCGGACGACUUCAACGACUUGGGAUCGUCAGCGGAGGCCGACAUGUGCUGUCGAGCUCACGACCAUUGUCCUGACGUCAUACUCGCGGGGGAGACCAAGCACAACCUCACCAACACUGCAUUUUACUCCAGGAUAAGUUGCGAUUGUGACGAAAAGUUCCGGCGGUGUUUGCGGAAAGCGAAUAACAGCGAUUCAGCACGAAUCGGAAACAUCUAUUUCAACGCCCUUGGCACAAAAUGCUUUAGGAAAGACUACCCAAAAAGAGGAUGUAAGAAGAAUGGCGGGUGGCUUGGCAAUAAAUGUAUAAAGUAUGAGUAUGACUACAAUGGAGAGAAAAUCUACCAGUGGUUCGAUGUGCCAAAUUUUUAGAAGUGGUUUCGAUAAGGCCUCUUAGAUGACCUCUACAAAUUUAAUUUAAUUUUUCCGGAAAACUUAAAGUUCCUUGAAAAGUAAGAGUCCUCUGUAAAAAAGGAUCGCACUAUAUAUUUUAAUGUGUUGUUCAACGAUUGAACAACGACAACGAAAGCCUCAAUUUUUAUAUGACUGUUAUGUUAAAUAAAUGCUGUAUGAUGUGUGUAAAAAUAUAUACAAUAAAUAAAGAAGCGGCAUUUGUAUUAUUUAUUUUGUCUCAGCAUAUUUCAUUGGUACAUUGUUAGAGAUUUGUCCUUUAAUAAUUGUCAUAAUUCACCAUUAAGUAUAAGUAAUAUACAAGUUUUUUUUUAUUAAAUUAUGCACACAUUAAUGCAUGAUUAAUAUACAUUAUCUUUUUAUAUUAUCUCGUAGAAAUAACCAUACACAUAGUUAUACAUAUUGUGAUAAAAGAUAUGGGUACAGAUGUAUAACAAUGUAUAAACAAGUGAACAACUUUGAACGGUGUUAGAAAUAACGCUAAAAUAUUAAUUAAUGAUAGAAAAACUUCGAAUACAGGUUAUAUAGGUAGUUAGAUAUGUAGCACAGUGCUUAGCUAAAAUAUUUUUUCAGGCGCACGCAUGAUUAUGUACAAUCAAUUUUAAUAUACAAUACAUAGUUAUACAUUAUUGUGGACUAACAGUGGGGGUUAUAUACGUUAUACAUGGUUAUCUAGGAAUCGCAAGCUAGAUCUGGAUCGUUAUUAUGACAAGGUUCAAAAAUACGAGACAAGAAUGAGAAUGUACUUGAUAGAUACGAAGCGAUUAAAGGACUUAAUAGAGAAUCCCUUGUACAAAGUGAGCAAUCUCGAAAUAGUCUACAAUCCAAGCGACCUUACCGUUCAAUAUGUACAACAACAAUUUCAGAACAUUUAUUAUAAACCAUUUAAACUCCAACGUCGCUCUGUAGGACAUCCCUUGUAGGUACCUACGUUUUAAAAGCUUCAUUCACAUUUAUGAAACUGGGAACAUUUUUCUCUAUACAUUUCAUAAAUUCUUUAAGUGAACCAACAAAGUUAAUAUAUAUACCCAUGAUUCGCAAGUCGAUUACAUUAUUUAAAAUAACGAAACUUGAAUGCAAGCAGUCUUUUAUCGGUUAAUUAUUAACAAUAGUCAAUCUUUUGGACAACAUUAUUCCGACCAUGAUAUCAGCUAUCUAAAGAAAACAAGAUUUACGGUACAUAAUAUAACAAUGAAGAAAGCAUCAUGAACUAUUUAAUAAGAACAACAUAUCAAAAAAAUAUUUUCCAUGAACUUCAAAUUACAGAGAUUAAUAUAAGAAUAACCAUUACUUAAUUUAAGGUACCUACUUAUCCGAUGAAUUCACACCAUAGUUUUAGUAGCACUGAACUAAAUUAAUAGUAAAUUUAUGGAAGUUAGGUAGCAAUCAUUUACAAGUCUUUUAUCAGAGAAAAUACAUGACGAAUACAGAUAUAUUAUAUUAAGUACUUACAAAAUGGAUCUGUAGAGUUCCUGAUGUCAAAUACUUCUAAUUAGUGAUCAAUGACGCAGUCAUAUUAUUAUACGAGAAUGAUAUAGAUGGUAUCACGUCUACUAUCACAGAAUAUCAUUAUGUCGAGAAUGAUUCGAGGGACCAGGUGUAAAAAUCCAAGGAGCUUACGUAAAUUUCUUAAAAUAUUAAUAUUUUGCAUAAUUAUAUUCGGCAUGAGACUUGGUUAUUGGCAAAUCUUUAUAGGCAACUCUAUUUAAAUUUACUCCAAGAUAUACAUUUAAAUAACUGUGAAUAAUAAGAUAUAUAAAUCAACUUCGAUAUAAUACUAUGGCUUUGAAGAUAUACAUGAUAUUAUUCAUUAAAAUUAAUUAACAUUUUGCAUCCUUUCAUUUUAUUAUUUGAUUAUAUGGAUGACUUUAUUAUUGCCAAUGUUCAUUUAUUACAACACGAGCAUAAUUGUACUUUCGCUUAUAAUAUAUAUCAUAGCUAUCAUCAUAUUAUUGCAGGUGUUAAUAAGAUGUUUCUUUUGAAAACAAUUUAUUGGGUCGAUCAGAAGGACGGUUACAACUGUAUAUGACGUUGUCAAUACCGAAAAGAAGGAUAUUACUGAAGUGUUCAGUUUUUUUUCUAUUAAAUGUUAUUGAUAUAAAAACUAUAUUUAAAACAAGGUUUAGUUGUAAGUUCACGUAUUGAACAUUUUUAAAUGUAACUCACAGCUAGCGAUUGAAAACGUAACGUAGAAAUUACAACAAGUCUAUACCACAAGGAUUGUGAAAUAGUUACUAUUAGAUAUAAUUAUUUUAUUUUCAUCAUUAUCCAUAUCUAUAUAAAUACGAAAUAAUUUUUGUUCCAAAUGCAAUAACGUUUUUAAACAAUCACUCAUAUUCUAACCUAACAGAUGGGAAAAUUCCGAAGAUAGAAAACUUCAGAUACACGACUAAUUUCAGGUGUUUAAACUCCAACCGUGGGUACUAUCAAGACAGCACUAAUACUUGAAUAUUCACUAGACUGUGCGUUUAUUGAAUUAAUUAUUUACAACAUUUCCUACGUUAAGUACAGUACUAAAUCGAUCGAAUCGAUGGAGAAACGCGCUCGAACGCGAUCGAUUCUGUAGAGUACCGGUGUGAGAACAACCGCAGCGGUGAUGCCGAGGGUCGCAGCGAUAGCGGUGGGUCCAAUCGCCCUCAGCCGCGACACUGCGGCGGCCGCGAGGACGCGGAGGCGGCCCGAAGCCCGCCCCGCCGCCAUUAUUUGCCGCCGAGGCCGAAUUUCAUGAAUAUGAGCUCCUUGCCUUUGCUGAGGAUGUCGCCUCCGGGCGCAGUCAUCUCGGAGAACUUCUGCAUGAGGUUGGGCUGGUUGGCGGGCGGCUGCUGGGCGGGCUGUAGGGGUUGUGCCGCGGGCGCGGGGACGACGGCAGGACCGGAGCGGCGCGCGGGCGACACGCUCACUGCGGCAGUGCCAGCGACGGUAGCAGUAGCGGCCGAGCUGCCGAGCGGGGUGCCCACGGCGGCUGUGCCGGGCGACUGCACCGUGGGCGAGCCCGCGUUACCAGCGUUCGUGCGCGCGAUCGUGCUCGCUGGCUGUGCGAUCGCCGCGCCUCUCGCCCUCGCC